AUGAAAAAGAACUUAGUUACAGUUAUGUCACAACCUAACACAAUGGCAGAUGUUUUCAAAGGGCUCAAUUUCACUAACCCAUUUUCUAACCAAACAACUCAAACCUCUUCAAUAAAACCUAACGAACCUACCCAAAUACAAAACACUUUUCAUUUUAAUUCGUCAACUCCAUUUAAUUUUUCUAAUCAAUCAACACCUUCAAAACAAGAAGAAAAAAAACAAGAAGAAAUUAAACUUACUCUAAACGCUACUGAAAAUACUAAACAAAAUUCAUUUACUUUUAACAUUCAACCACCUAAAACAGAACAACAAAAUCCAUUUACUUUUAAUACUCAACCACCUAAAACAGAACAACAAACACAAAACGAAAUUAAAUUAACUUCAAAUCCUUUUGGAACUACUCAGUCAACACCUUUACAAACAGACAAUAAAAAACCAAAUGAUUUAAAACAAACAUCAAAUGGAUUUAAUUUCAAUUUAACUGGUUUGUUUGGUUCUUCCACCCCAUCAACUUUGCUUCAAAAACAAGACACUACUCCAUUGACAAAUUCAUCUUCAGGGUCAUUACAACCAAGUAGUUCUUCAACAAAUAGUAAGGAUAAUAAACCAAUGGGAUUAACACUUUCAUUAAACCUUAGUCCAAAUGAACUUCCAUCAUCUCUCAAUUUCACUUCUACUUCUAAACAAUCAUUAUCUAGUACAUUUACACAAUCUAACAAUAAACAUGAUACAAUAAAUCCUGGUUUAACAAAAACAGAAGAGGAAACUGAUGCAGAAGAAGAAGAAGAAGAAUAUGAUGAGGAUGAUGAAGAGUCUUAUGAAGAAGAUAAUAGUGAUGAUAGUGGGUCAUGUAUUACUAUUCCGUCAGACCUUAUUAGCAAUACAAAUGUUAGUAGUAAUGAACAUAAUGAAUUUAAUUUUACUACAGAAGAAGAGGAUAUUGAUUUGUUAUUAAAGAAGUGUCAAAGUGAAGGAGGGUUACAAUCAUUUAUGUCUGAUUAUGAACAAACGAUGAAAAAUCAAAUUCAAGAAAUAAAAGAAACAUGUGAAACUAUAAACAAAGAAAUUAAAGAAAAUUAUAAAACUGAAUUAGCUGUUAAAAAUGUUAUUGCACAAACUUCAAGAACUAUUAAUAUUGUAAAUAAUUAUCUCGAUGAUGUGAUUGAAAAACAACAAGAAUUUGAAUCAAUGUUAAAAAUGGCUGAACAAUCACUAAAAGAAUUAGACAGUGGUGUUCAACGUAAAGAAGGAAAUGACUUAUAUAAAGUAAUUUCUACUAAAAUUGAAGAAGUUGAAAAACAAUGCAAAAUGGUCAAUGAAACAAUAAACAAAAAACUUGGAGAACAAGAAGACCCCUCGUUAAUUAAAAUUAAAGCUAUGAUUGAUACUAAUACUAAAUUAGUCGAACAAUUAGAAGAAGGGCUUUUAUAA